GAGAAUAUGAACAUCAUCCCUCUGCAAUGCUCAAAUUUCAAGGAAUGCGGUAAAACUGUGGCAAGAGUGCAGCUUAAGGUCUGCUCAAGAUGCAAACAGGCAAGGUAUUGCUCACCUCAGUGUCAGAAAGCUCACUGGCGCACAGAACAUAAAAAGGAGUGCGAGGUUGUGGGCUUGGCUCCAGCCAAAGACAUCGCACUCAAACUUGUAGAGCGCCUUCUCGCUGCUCCCAAUUUAACGAGAUACUUCUAUUUCCAUUCCAUUCUUACCCUCGAUCUUAUCCAAAACCGUUUAAAUGCCAGUCACUACGCUGUCAAAGUAGAAUGCGACACGCAGGUCGCCGAUUUAGCAGCUCACUUGCGCCGGAUGAUGGCCGGUCAAGCAAGGGAUCCCACCGCUCAAGUACUAUUGUGCGUGACCGAGAUAUCACGCGUUCCUAUGGACGAGGCUCCCGAGCGUACGCGUAUCGCUGCCGCAGACGCAACAAAAAGAUUUGAAGUUGCUAAGGAAGAAGAAUUUCACAACCAAGGCGGGUGGCGGAACUGAUGGGUCAUAUACUGCGCCGCUGCUCUUGCCACACGGGGCUAUAUCGUAUAUGGCUACUAACCCGAAAGAGACUCUUCGCUCAGCUAUGUUUGGAGAAUCUCAAAUUCCCUUAAACGAGAGAAACUUGAGAGAGUGUCUGAACAACGAAAUUCGAAUGGAUAAUCAAAAUAAGUUGCGUCUCCGUGCGGUGAGAAAAUUUAUUUUCGUCGUGUUCUGGUUUGUGAAAGCUUACCCCCGUGCAGUAUCCUACGGUGGAGUGAUUACCAUAAAUGCAAUCAGACUGGAUAGUAGCAAUAUAGGUGUCGAGAUUAUCUGUUCUCAACAUCAGGCCCAAUACAUCCAUGUGUCCGAGGGAGCAGCGACUGGCUAAAAUAAUUGUCAUCACAGCAUUUUGAAUUUGCACUCGAUGUCC